CGAAGAGGGAGUGCUUCCGGGUAGGAGCGAGGUGACCCCGGCCGCUGCGGGAACCUGCGGCGCUGCAGCCAUGGGGGCGCAUCUGGCGCGGCGCUAUGUGACCGAUCCAUCGGGGGAGCCCGACCCCAAGCGGAUGCCCACCUUCCCCGCGGACUACGGCUUCCCGGGGCGCAAGGAGCGCGAGAUGGUGGCCACACAGCAGCAGAUGAACGACGCACAGCUGGUGCUCCAGCAGCGAGACUACUGUGCCCACUACCUCAUCCGGCUGCUCAAGUGCAAGCGUGACAGCUUCCCCAAUAUCCUGGCCUGCAAGCACGAGCAGCACGACUGGGACUACUGCGAGCACCUUGACUACGUGAUGCGCAUGAAGGAGUUUGAGCGGGAACGGCGGCUGCUCCAGCGGAAGAAGCGGCGGGAACAGAGGGAGGCGGAUGUGGCCAGAGGCCAGGGGGCCGGUGAGGUGGCCCCCGAGGUAGCCCUGUAGUGGACCCGCCCCCACCCUAUGGACCAGUUGAUAAAUAAAAGCCUCCAGGCCCAUCAGCCAGAA